AUGGAUAAUUUUGCAAGUUACCUCAUCUUUUUGGUUGCUUUCUCGUUGCCGUUGUUUCUUCUGCAACCAUCCCCGACCAUCGGAAGCUUGAGUGCAGUCACGGAGAUCGCAAGGAUUGGUGUCAUUCUUGACCAAGCAUCUAGACCUGGGAAAGAAGCCAAAGUGGCCAUUGAGAUAGCAACUCAAGAUUUCAACAUCAAUGCCCAUCAGCUUUCAGUUUUCCACUUUCAAAACUCACGAAACAAGCCUGUUCACACUGCUAUAGCAGCAAAAGAACUUCUUGAUAAACACAGUGUGAAAGCCAUUUUGGGAGGUCAUACAUGGGAAGAAGCAUCUGCCAUAGCUGAGGUUAUCAGCAAAGCUGAUCAUGAUAUCCCACUAUUUCUUUCGCUAGCUGAUACGACUCCAUUGCAGGCAUCAGAUCAAUGGCCGUUUCUAGUUCAAGCUGUUCCUACACAAUCCACGCAGAUGAAUGCAGUGGCUGCCAUUUUACAGUCAUGGGGUAUUCGUCAAGUUACGCUCAUAUAUGAAACCUCGCUUCUAGCUUCCUCAUCUUCAUCAAUCAUCUCCGACCUCUCUCAGGCAUUUCGACAAACAGGUUGUGAACUAACCCAUAUCUUGCCACUCACAUCUGGUUCAUGUGUCCUAGAUGAAGAGCUUGAGAUACUAAAGAGACAGCAACGUAAAGUCUUUGUAAUGCAUACAUCUCUGGAACUUGGGGUUCGCCUGUUUCAGGCAGCCAAGAAGAUGGAAAUGACCGGAGACGGGUAUCUAUGGAUAGCAACCAAUAGAAUCACUGAUCUUUUUCAUUCUUUUAAUUCCACCAUGACUUCUUCUUUGAAAGGCAUGGUUGGAGUCAAAAGUUACUUCCCUGAAAACACGCUGGAGUUUCAAGAUUUCAGGAAAAGAUUCCGUCAGAAGUUCCUAGCAGAUUACCCAGAAGAAGAGCACCAAGAACCUGGAAUUUUUGCCGUGCAAGGAUACAAUGCCAUGAAAUUGUUAGAAAAAUAUUCACCCGGAAACUUUGAUAACCGGAGACCACUUCCGGAGAGUACAGUGGAGAUUGUUAACGUGAUGGCAAAGGGGUAUCACAGUGUGUACUGGACCGAAGGAUCAGGGUUUUCGGAGACCGUUGAUGGUGACAUUAAUGGAGCUACUGCUUACACCCAUUCUAUGGAUAAUGUGGGACAAGCUCUGUGGCCGGUGCAACCAUGGUAUGCUCGUAGACAGCACCGCAAUCUAGCCGAAAGUUCAUGGAAUCGAAUGAGGGUUGGCGUUCCUGCUCAAUCUCUGUUCAAGCAAUUCGUGAACGUGGAAUUUGAUUCCGAGAAGAAUCAAACUGUGAUUGGUGGAUUCGUAAUCGCUGUGUUUGAUGAAAUGAUGAAACAAAUGAAUCUGCCAUAUGACUAUGUUCCAUUCUAUGGUUCUUAUGAUGAAUUGAUCAGACAAAUACCUGCAGAGAAGUUCGAUGCAAUAGCAGGUGAUGUAACGAUUGUGUCAAGGAGGCAUGAGUAUGCAGACUUCACGCAACCAUACACGGAGUCGGGUUUGGAGAUGAUCGUGCCCAUUCGAUCCCGAUUAUCAAACCAGCCAUGGUUGUUCAUGAAGCCUUUCACUGCCAAAAUGUGGUGGUUAAUAGCAGGAAUCACCCUAUAUAAUGGCUUCAUCAUUUGGUUGAUCGAGAGGACCCAUUGUGACUAUCUUCAAGGCUCCAUUAUAACCCAAAUCGGAAUCAUCAUUUGGCUUGGAUUUACAACACUCUUCACUUUGCGAGGGGAUGUGCUGCAUAGCAACUUGUCAAGAAUGGCAGUGGUUGUGUGGCUCUUUGUGGCCCUAAUCAUCACCCAAAGCUACACGGCUAGCUUGGCAAGCAUGCUUACGGCUCAAAGGCUCGAACCAGCAAUAACCAGCGUUGAGGCGCUCAGAAACAUGAAUGCAACUGUGGGAUACUGCAAUGGAUCAUUUAUAAACUACUACCUGAAGGAAGUUCUAGAUUUUGAGGACGUCAAGGUCAAAAGCUAUAACUCAACCCAUCGAUACGCUGAGGCCCUCAACAGUGGUGAAAUUGCCGCUAUCUUUCUUGAAGUUCCGGCAGCUAAAGUUUUUCUAGCUCAGUACUGCAAGAGCUUCAUCAGAACUGGAGAGACAUUCAAAGUUGGAGGGUUUGGAUUUGCAUUUCCUAGGAAAUUUUCAUGGCUUUCUGAUGCAAACAAAGCUCUAAUGAAUGUAUCAGAAAGUGGGAUGCUCAAAGAACUCGAGGACGCCUUUCUUAUAUCUGAAAAGUGCGUGGAUGACGAAUCUUUUCCUAACGAAGAUGAGAGUCUUAGCCCUCGCAGCUUCGCAAUACUAUUUGAGUUAACCGCAGGGGCAUCAACGCUUGUUCUUGUCAUGUACAUCAUCAUUAGCAUUAGACAAUUUCAUGAAUCUCAUCCAGAAAUCACGAAUUUCUUCCAACUGAUAUCAGCAUUUAUAGCAGACCAAUGGCAUCAAAUGAGGCAGUGACCUAGCACAGUUGUCAGCGCCGAAAGCCCCAUACACCCUCCAGAUGUGUCUGAUUCAUGGACUACAAGAAGGAUCCUGGCAGUAUAUUUAUCAUGUUAGAAUCUGGUAGCAUAUAUGUUCCUCGAUUGAUCGUCCAUUCUAAGAAAACUUUAAAAAUAUGUACAACUUUUUUCGAUGAAUGUAACUUCAA